UUUUUGACAGCGCGCUGUACGUUGGUUUAACGUCAUUGCACGUAAUGCAACGUGGAAAAAAAAUAAUAAACAGAAAAUCCAUCAUGGCGGCUGACAGUGAUCCCGAGUCGGAGGUGUUUGAGAUCACGGAUUUCACCACCGCGUCGGAGUGGGAAAGGUUCGUGUCCAGAGUUGAGGAGGUUUUAAAUGACUGGAAACUGAUUGGCAACUCUACAGCCAAGUCCCCAGAGAAGGGUGAAUACACCAGCGGCAUCUGGGAGGAGAAGACUCUGGAUAUCAACUUUGCAGAUUUCAAGUUCUCCAUAACGCAUCACUUCCUGAAGCAGGAGUCUGACGACUUGGCGGAGGGGAAGGAGGCCGCUGAGGAGGAUGCCUUCCCCAUGGCCAUGCAAGACCUCAUCUGUAUGAACAACGACUUCCCUCCCAGGGCCCACUGCCUGGUCAGAUGGUACGGCAUGAGAGAGUUUGUGGUCAUAUCCCCAGGAGCAAACUGCGAGGCCAUCAUCAGUGAGUCCAAGUGCAACCUUCUCUUCAGCUCCAUCUCCAUCUCCCUGGCCAACACUGGCUGCCAGGUGCCCGUGUUCGUCCAGAUUCAGCAGAAGUGGCGCAGGAUGUACGCCGGGGAGUGUCAGGGCCCGGGGGUGAGGACCGACUUUGAGAUGGUGCACCUGCGCAAGGUCCCCAACCAGUACAACCACCUCGCCGGCCUGCUGGACAUCUUCAAGUCCAAGAUAGGCUGCCCUCUGACCCCCCUACCCCCCAUCAACAUCUCCAUCCGCUUCACCUACGUCCUGCAGGACUGGCAGCAGUACUCAUGGCCCCAGCAGCCCCCUGACUUCGACGCUCUCCUCGGAGGCGAGGUGGGAGGCGUGGAGUUCGGGAAGCUUCCUUUCGGCGCCUGCGAGGAUCCAAUCAGUGAGCUUCACCUGGCAACCACGUGGCCUCACCUCACCGAGGGCAUUGUCGUGGACAACGACGUCUACUCUGACCUGGACCCUCUCCAGGCCCCUCAUUGGUCCGUGCGAGUCCGCAAGGCUGACAACCCCCAAUGCCUGCUGGGAGACUUCCUGACGGAGUUCUUCAAGCUGUGCUGCAGGAAGGAGACCACCGAGGACGUGCUGGGCCGAGGGGCGGCCGAGGACGAGGGCAAAGACAACAGUGACAUCACGGCCGCCCUGUCGAAGCUCACGGAGCCUGCGGCGGUGCCCAUCCCCAAGCUGUCCGUGUCCAACAUGGUGCACAGCGCCCGCAGACGCAUCCGCCGACACCGCCGCAUAGACGAGUCUCCGCUCAGCAACGACGUCCUCAACUCCAUACUGCUGUAUCUGUUUCCCGAUGCGGCGGUGGAGAAGGCGUCCUCCGAGGCGAGCGAGAGCAAGGCCACGCAGUCGAGCACAGAUGGAAAAGGGGAGCAGGAGAAAGACUCUGACUACAACCUGUUUAACCAGCUGAAGUCAGCGCCCAGCGACAGCCUGACGUACCGGCUGGCUCUGUGCGUGUGCCUGGUGAACUUCUACCACGGCGGGCUGAGGGCUGUGGCUCACCUGUGGCAGGAGUUUGUCCUGGAGAUGCGCUACCGCUGGGAGAACAACCACCUGGUGUACGGGUUGGCCAGUGGCUCCCCUGACCUCCGCUGCUGCCUCCUGCACCAGAAACUACAGAUGCUCAACUGCUGCAUCGAGAGGAGGCGGGCGAGGGACGGCGGGCGGCGAGCCCCGGGGCCCGGGAGAGACAGGAAGACGCCCGGACGCCUGGGCCCCGACAGCGCCGCACCCGCCACCGCCGCAGACGGGAGAGAGGUGUCCCCUGGGAAGUCUUGGGACUCGUGGAGCGACAGCGAGGAGGAGUUCUUUGAGUGUCUGAGCGACACGGACGAGCUGAAGGAGCCCAGGGAGGCCAGUAGGAGCAGGGCCGAGGGCAGGCUGCACCCCCACGGGAACAUGACCCUGAUCUACUCCCAGGAGCCCCUCUACAUCCCCGUCACUCAGGAGCCUGCGCCCAUGACGGAGGACCUCCUGGAGGAGCAGUCGGAGGUGCUGGCCAAGCUGGGCACAUCGGCCGAGGGAGCCCACCUCCGCGCCCGCAUGCAGAGCGCCUGCCUGCUGUCAGACAUGGAGUCCUUUAAGGCUGCUAACCCGGGCUGUGCCCUGGAGGACUUUGUGCGCUGGUACUCUCCCAGGGACUACGUGGAGGAGGAGGCGGUGGAUGAGCGCGGCGAGGCGGUGGUACGUGGUGAGCUCAGCGCGCGGAUGAAGAUCCCCGGGAACAUGUGGUCGGAGGCGUGGGAGACCGCCAAGGUCACGCCCGCUCGCCGCCAGAGGCGUCUGUUUGACGACACCAAGGAGGCGGAGAAGGUAGGCUGGGAAGGAGCUCUCUGCCUGCUGCAGAACCAGGGGUGCUGUACACUGCAGAACCAGGGGUGCUGUACACUGCAGAACCAGGGGUGCUCUACACUGCAGAACCAGGGGUGCUGUACACUGCAGAACCAGGGGUGCUGUACACUGCAGAACCAGGGGUGCUCUACACUGCAGAACCAGGGGUGCUGUACACUGCAGAACCAGGGGUGCUCUACACUGCAGAACCAGGGGUGCUGUACACUGCAGAACCAGGGGUGCUCUACACUGCAGAACCAGGGGUGCUGUACACUGCAGAACCAGGGGUGCUCUACACUGCAGAACCAGGGUGCUGUACCCAACAGAACCAGGGGUGCUGUACAUUGCAGAACCAGGGGUGCUCUACACUGCAGAACCAGGGGUGCUCUACACUGCAGAACCAGGGUGCUCUACACUGCAGAACCAGGGGUGCUGUACACUGCAGAACCAGGGUGUUGUUAGUACACUGCAGAACCAGGGGUGCUGUACACAGACACUGGUGGGGUUCACGUUCAGCUGUUUUGCCAACUGUACUGGUACACGGGAAUUUCUUACCUGUCUUACCUGUCUUACCUAUCUAAACCGUUUAUAAAUGAUGUAAACCAGUGAAAUGUGAGCUACUAUUCACAGCUGUGCAUUCCUGCCCCAGCCUCAGCCCUAGCACCCAGCCUCAGCUCCCAGCCUCAGCCCCUAGCCCCCAGCCUUCAGGUCUGUUCAGAAGAGCAGUAUGGUACCAGCUUGCAAAACUCAGCUACCCUUACAAUCUGGCUUGGGCUCAUCGGCCCCAUUUCAACCAAUCCCAAUGAAGGGUGGGGGGCGGGGGGCGGGUCCAGAUGGGAGCACAGGAAGUGGGUCAGAGCACAAGGUGUCUCUGUCACGGGUCUUCUCUCUCCCCCUCCUCCCCCGCCCCCCAAGAGUUUAAACGGAGUUCAGGGCAACCUUGCCCAGCGUUGAAGGUUGUGCGUCGCCAGUUACGCCGCAAGCCACGCGUCCUUGAUCCCCCGCCUGUGACAGCACACUCUCUCUUUCAGGGGAAAACUCCAGGUGCAGGAUUUAGUUUGGAAUUAAUGUGCAGAUUUAAUUUUUCUCUUCCCUCUGUCCUCCUGCUCCUCCUCCGUGCUCCAGUAAGUUGUCCUCUCCUCUCUCCCCCUCUCCAAAGAAAUGACAGAAGUGCUUAUAUAUUCACAGUCCUCUGAUUGCACUCCAGAUCAUUGCUGGGGGGGGGAGGGGUGGGGGGGUCACCUGGCAACAAGAGUGCCACGUCCUCGUCACCCCGUUUCCCAAGCGACCGUCUUUCAACGGGAACGGCAAAUCAAAUUCGCCCCACCCCAACCUUUCUCACAUCGCCCGCCCCUCCACCUCCACCAGACCCGACAUAACAGAUGACCCUUGUCUGGCGUCCACAGGCAGAGAGGCGCGCCACAACACCACCCUCAAUUGCUCACACGCACGUUUCUGCUGAGUGCGCCCCGUUAUUCAGACAAGAGGGAGAAUGAGCCACUUACUCACAGAACAAUGCCUUUUGAAGUGUCAAGUACCGAACCCCAGAGUUCAUGACAACCUCUGCUAUUGUAACCGUGAGACAGAGGGAG